UCUCAAACAUGCAGAUUUAACCAAUAUCUCUUCUAUUUCUUGCAAAAGAUAAAACUAAUUACAAUCGGAAAAAAAUGAUUUCCUUAUUUACAACAUUUUUUCCCUUUUUAAUUUUUUUGUCAUUUAUUCUGCUUUCAUUUUUCGGGUUAUCAUCCAAAAAAUGCAAGAAAAAUCUUCCUCCGUCUCCUCCAAAGCUUCCAUUCAUCGGAAACUUUCACCAAUUGGGGGAACAACCACACCGCUCUCUCCAAAAACUAACGAAGGAACAUGGCCAAAUGAUGAUGCUUCAGUUCGGCAGCGUCCCAGUAUUAAUCGCUUCCUCGGCCGAAGCAGCUUCACAGAUCAUGAAAACACAAGAUAUAGGCUUUGCUAACAAGCCCAAAUCGAUUAUUCCCAGCAAGCUUUUCUUCGGCCCAAAAGACGUGGCCUUCACUCCAUACGGUGACUACUGGAGGAACGCCCGAAGUGUUUGUAUGCUUCAGCUUUUGAACAGCAAAAGAGUCCAAUCGUUUAGCAAAAUCAGGGAAGAAGAGACCUCUCUUCUUCUUCAAAAAAUUAGGGACUCAAUUGACAAUUCACAAGUCGUUGAUUUGACGGAGUUGUUCGUGAGCAUGACGAACGAUGUGCUAUGCAGGGUGGCAUUAGGAAGGAAGUAUUGUGACGGAGAAGAAGGGAAAAAAUUCAAGUCAUUGGUAAUAGAGCUUGUUGAAUUGUUGGGUGUUUUUAAUAUCGGUGAUUACAUGCCGUGGCUUGCGUGGGUGAAUCAUUUCAAUGGUUUGAAUGCCAAAGUGGACAAAGUAGCUGAGGAGUUUAGUUCAUUUUUAGAAGGUGUAAUUGAGGAACACAGGGAGAAGAAAAUAGAUGAGAAAGAUGAGGAAGGGUCAGCAGAUUUUGUGGAUAUAUUGCUCCAAGUUCAGAAAGAAAACAAGCCGGGUUUUAAAGUUGAAAUGGAUUCGAUUAAAGCAAUUAUCAUGGAUAUGUUUGCAGCAGGAACAGAUACAACCUCCACUCUUUUAGAAUGGACAAUGAAUGAACUCAUCAGAAAUCCAAACACGUUGCGAAAAUUAAGAGAUGAGGUGAGGCAAGUAACUCAAGGGAAAUCAGACGUAAUAGAGGACGACUUGGAGCACAUGCCUUAUUUAAAUGCAGUGAUAAAAGAGAGUCUACGUCUUCACUCUCCGGUGCCAUUGCUUCCCCGGGAAGCAAUAAAAGACACCAAAGUAUUGGGCUACGACGUGGCUGCUGGAACUCAAGUCUUUGUUUGUCCAUGGGCGAUCUCCAGGGAUCCGACCAUAUGGGAAAAUCCGGAGGAGUUUCAACCAGAAAGGUUUUUGGAUAGUUGUGUAGAUUACAAAGGAUUUCAUUUCGGGUUAAUUCCAUUUGGUGCAGGUCGAAGAGGUUGUCCAGGAAUCACAUUCGCUAAGGUUGUGAAUGAGUUGGCAUUGGCAAGAAUGUUUUUUCAUUUUGAGUUCUCAUUACCAAAUGGAGCAAAAGCCGAAGACUUGGAUGUGGAUGAAGCUCUUGGAAUUACAGUCAGAAGAAAGUUCCCCUUGUUAGUCCAUGCCACUCCACGCAAUUGAAUUUGUCUAUUUUCUUUAAUGUUUAUUCCUGAGACUUCUUUAUUCCUUUUUAAGUUCGAUGUAUUAAUUAAAAUAGAGUAUCAGUAGAUUGAAUGAUUUUUAUACGAAUAUAUAAUUUAACAUUAAAAGAUUU